AGCGACCAUAAUUCGGCGACGAAGAUACAAAAACCCAAACCAGCACGGUAAUACCUUUUGCCUGCCUACAUAUAGUCCUGACCGUCACAUCCUGUGUUGGAGCUAGAAUCCCGUUCGGUGUUCUCCUGGUCGAAAGACCAUGCCUCUGCCAUAAAUCUCACCCUGCACCCUGCCCUCGCCCUUCCCCCGCCAUGAGUCAAAGUAACCCUACGCCGAAACCCCCUUCUCUAGACCACGGCAACAGCGUCCCUCCUCCCGCGCCCUUGCACCCAAAACCUCGCUCCGCCGUCCCUUCGUACUUGUUGAAUGGUUCUUCCCCUCUGCACCGUUCCCAGACGACGACCACUCGCGCGCAGGAACGAGAGAACCUCGCUUCUUCCAUCAAAGCCACGUACGGCCGCCGGAGAACCAUAGACCUCACGGCCGAAGCUCAAACGGCGUCGCAAGCCACCAUGCCGAGCGGGACAUCAUGGCUGGGCCUAGAGAGUGCGCAAAAGGAGACCGACCCGAAACGGGCUCCCCCACUACACACCCCGGCUCGAGACGAGCGAGACGAAGCGCCGCCCACCCCUCCUGCCUCGACGGUGUCGCGUCCUGCAAGCCCAUACACACUCAAUCCACCCAUCGACUUUGACGGCCUUUCCUGGCCGUGCAUCGGCACCCGCGAACGCCUCGAUCAGACCCCGGAACAGGCACAGGUCCGCCUGGACAAACUCGCAGGAGCGGUCAGGACGAUAUUCGAGUGUAUUGGCGAAGACCCGGACCGAGAGGGGCUGCGAGACACUCCGGAGAGAUACGCGAAGGCGCUGAUGUAUUUCACAAAGGGCUACGAGGAGAACGUGCGGGACCUGGUCAACGGGGCAGUGUUUCACGAGGACCACGACGAAUUGGUGAUCGUCAAGGACAUCGAAGUGUUCAGCCUAUGCGAACAUCACAUGGUGCCGUUUAUCGGGAAGAUGCAUAUUGGGUAUAUCCCCAACCGGCGCGUGCUCGGGCUAUCCAAGCUGGCUCGGUUGGCGGAGAUGUUCUCGCGCCGAUUGCAGGUGCAAGAGCGGCUGACGAAACAAGUCGCGCUGGCGAUCGCCGAAGUGCUGAAACCACAGGGCGUCGCGGUCGUCAUGGAGAGCAGCCAUCUUUGCAUGGUGAUGAGAGGCGUGCAGAAGACCAGCAGCUCCACGACGACGAGCUGCAUGCUGGGCGCCAUGAGGAGCAGUGCCAAAACACGAGAGGAGUUCCUGAGCCUGUUGAACCGGAAGUGAAGGUCCGUGGGGGGGCUGCAUGAUUUGGAUUGGGAUGGAGGAGAGGCUUUUGGGCCCCCUUUUUGUUUGACAUUAUUAUGACGAGAGACGUUGGAUGUCUGGAAAACGAGGGAGGCGCUUUGGGCGAAAUCUUCAACACAAAAAUUUGGGAAUGGUGUAACCUCAACUCAACGGCGGUUAAACUGACUGACUGAUCUUGAUUACCAAAGGUGAACAGUACUCCGUACUGAUCGGUGGAUAUAUAGGGGAGCUCUGCUACCCUGGUAAAUAUGGAUGUGUAUGGAGCUUUGUGUUGCCGUGCUGUUUGGAUACGGGCUCCGAUCUCGUUCUCUGCUGGGGAUCCGGGGCAACUCCCUCAGCGGAACAGUCUCGCAUUGCCCAUACAAGUACAUAAGUUAUUAUUUGCUACACAUGAUCCAUCUUAAGCCCAGUCUGCGCAUUCUGCAUGGCUCGGAUAUUCUGUG